UAAAUACGGGGCGGCAACUGUCUAGCCAACCCACCUCAUCACUCACUCACUCAGCUCCAGAGCGAUCGGUCGCCUCUCUUGAGCUCCCGCGCCGUAGUCAUCAUCGCCAUGGCUAAGGAAGAAGAGCUCAAGAGAGUUGAUUUGAAGGUGAACGUGAGCUGCUGCGACGGCUGCAGGAGGAAGGUGAUGAAGGCCAUGAACCUCAAGGGUGUGCUCAGGACGGAGAUCCACCCGUCGCUCGACCGGGUCACCGUCGUCGGCAACGUCGACACCAAGGUGCUCGUCAAGAAGCUCGCCAAGGUCGGCAAGAUCGCCGAGGUGGUCGAGGCGGCGGUGCCCGAGCAGCCGAAGAAGCGCGAGGGUGAUGGCGGGAAGGACCGCGACGGCGGUGAUUGGCCUGCGAUGGCGCCGGCGAUGGCGGGCGAGAAGAGCAAGCGCAAGGACGAUGCCAAGGACAACAGCGGCGACAAGCCCGCGGCGGCGUCGUCCAAGAAAGAAUGCAGCAAGUGCGCGCACCAGCAUCAGCAGUCCGCGCGCGGCGGCGGUGACGCCGAUGAUCACGGCAAGAAGGCCCAGGGCGCCGCCGGUGACGCCGAUGAUCACGGCAAGAAGGCCAAGGGCGCCGAAGGGAGCGCCUUCAAACAAGAAGAUGACGGUUUCGCCGCCGAGGCCAAGCCCUCCCAUCCCGACCACGCGCCGGCGGCGGCGCACCACAACUACAACCGCGCCGAGCCGCCCAGCAUGGCCGUGCCCAUGCAGUACAUGCCGACGAUGCCGUACUACGCGGCAGCGAACGUGACGGCGCCGUCCUACUACAACGGCGGCGGGUACUACGCGAUGCCGCCUCCGCCCCCGGCGCCGAUGCCGUGGCAGCUUCCCCAUCAGCAGCAGCUGGUCCGGCCUCAGCCGUCGCGCUUCGACGCGGACUACUUCAACGAAGACAACGCCGUCGGCUGCCACGUGAUGUGAACCCUGCAUGAUCGAUUCGAUCGAGCCCCCACGGUCACGGUGGACAACGCCAAUCCAUUGCUGCCCUUUCAGCGCGCCACUCGUUCAUGUACAACAUCCACCUGAUCGAUCGCCAUGAAUUAUUCAGUUUGUUUCUUGGAAUCCUAUGUUGAAUUGUUGAUCGAGCAAAACCACAUCACAAUGCAUUUCUGGCGACGCAAAGUC